AUGCAGGGCACGGCAGGCUAUGGCGCACCAGCGCCCACGGGACCCGUGCAGGUGGCCUACAUUUGCGGCGACUGCGGCGCGGAGAACACGCUCAAGCCGGGGGACGUCAUUCGCUGCCGCGAGUGCGGGUACAGAAUACUGUACAAGAAGCGGACCAAGCGCGUGGUGCAGUAUGAGGCGCGAUGGUGA